GCACAUCGCGCGGCCCGGUGUUAUUGUGACGUCAACAGAGCACCAAAAAAUAUUUGAAUCUCAAAUAUAUAAACAAGAAAACACGUUUACUAUGUUGGCUUUCAAAGCAUUGCAAACUUUAGGUUCAGUAGUUCUUUUAUUCUUUUCUUGUCGCUGUGACCAAAUAUAUAACAAUGUGUAUAAAUGGCCAAGCAUCGGUAUUUCAGUGCUCGUUCGAAAUAAAGCUCACACGUUGCCCUAUUUCUUGACUUGUUUACAUAAUUUAGAUUAUCCCAAGGAUCGACUAUAUCUCUGGAUAUACAGUGAUUUUAAUGAAGACAAUACUAUAGAAAUAUUAGAAAAAUGGGUUAAAAAACAUGCUUUGGAGUAUAAUGGAAUAGUCCUCACAACCAACAGCUCUAGUGGUGCUCUCCAUUCAGAUGAGAAGCAGUCUACACAUUGGAGCCCUGAACAUUUCAGGCAUGUCAUUAAAUUAAGGGAAGAGGCUCUUGGCUUUGUGCGGAGAUUAUGGGCAGAUUAUAUUUUCAUGUUAGAUGCAGAUGUAUUCCUGACAAACAACGAAACAUUAAAAAUACUAGUAUCAAAGGAAUUGCCGGUGGUUGCACCAAUGCUAAUAUCUGACGGAUUAUAUUCAAACUAUUGGUGUGGGAUGACAGAUAACUACUACUACAAACGCACAGAUGACUACAAGCCUAUUAGGAACCGUGAGAAGUUGGGCUGUUUUGCUGUACCAAUGGUGCAUACUGCAGUUCUUAUAAAUCUUCAGAGGAAAAACUCAGAUUUGCUAACUUAUGAACCCAGUAAAAUACGCGACUACAAUGGGCCUGACGAUGAUAUUAUUGCAUUUGCAAUUAAUGCAAAAAAUAAUGAGAUUCCUUUGCACAUAUGCAAUGACCAUGUGUAUGGAUUUGUGCCAGUACCACUGGAAGACAGCGAUGAUCCAAAGAAUGAUAAAGAGCAACUAUUGAAUAUCAAAUUGGAGGCGAUCAGUCGUCACACACCGAUACCUCUAGACGAUUCACUCGCUGACUUGGUAGAGUACCCCCAGAGGUGGAAAUUUGGUUGCAGUGAAAUAUAUCUGAUCAAUUUGGAGAGGAGACGUGAACGGCUGCACCUGAUGGAGAUGAGCUUCGAAGAACUGGGAAUGGAUGUGCAUCUAGUGAAGGCAUUUGAUGGCAGAAAUUUAGAUAUGAAUAACCUCAGGAAACAUUCCAUAAAUCUGAUGCCCAAUUAUGAAGAUCCUUAUCAUAAAAGGCCCAUGAAAGCUGGUGAGGUGGGCUGUUUCCUGAGCCACUACCAUAUAUGGGAGGAGAUGGUGUCCCGCAACAUUGGCACCGCGCUCGUGCUGGAGGACGAUUGUCGCUUCGUGCCGUACUUCCGCCAUCGGCUGCUGCAACUGUUGCACGAGCUGGAGGAACUGGACUGGGACCUUGUAUACAUAGGACGUAAGAUAUUGUUGGACGACGAAGAGGAGCAGGUGUCCGAGCACACGCGUCGUCCACUGUACUCGUACUGGACCCUCGGCUACUUGUUGAGCAAGCGCGGCGCGGGCAAGUUACUAGCAGCUAAACCACUCGCACGAUUACUGCCCGUCGACGAGUUUCUACCGAUCAUGUUCGAUCAACAUCCCAAUGCAACGUGGAAAGCACAUUUCCCUAAUCGUAACCUGAUAGCUCUGUCAGCAUCCCCGCUACUAGUACACCCGACACAUUACACCGGACAGGAUGGUUACGUGAGCGACACGGAGGACUCGCAUAUAGUACACCCGGACACUGCCCGGACUGAACUGUGAACCGGACACUGUUCGGUCAAAACUGUGAACCGGACACUGUUCGGUCAAAACUGUGAACCGGACACUGUUCGGUUAAACUGUGAACCGGACAUUGUUCGGUCAAAACUAACCGGACACUGUUCGGUCAAAAUGUGAACCGGACACUGUUCGGUCAAACUGUGAACCGGACACUGUUCGGUCAAAACUUUGAACCGGACACUGUUCGGUCAAAACUGUGAACAGGACACUGUUCGGUCAAAACUCUGAACCGGACACUGUUCGGUCAUAACCGGACGCAUGAUAUCCAACGCAAGUUUUGUUUAAAACCAGCGAUAUUAGAAUAUUACACAUGAAUUAAGUAAUACAUUGCUAUAUCAUAUAAUGUGCCAUAAUAUAAGUGAAUAUUUGCCAUAAUUUCUAAGCCAAAUCUUUAUUAUAGUCAUAUCAUAGUGUUAAUUUACUUUAAAUUUUAUAAUACGGAUUUAUUAAGUAAUUGACUGGUAUUUUUUAUAAUUUAACUUGACAAUUAUUUUAAACAGUGUGUUAUAAAAAUUGUCGCUAACAUAUGUGGCCACUAGUAAAAUAAAAAAAUAUAUUUUAAUAUAGUUAUAAUAACAAGAAUAAUAUGCUUGUUCAAAAGACUUCUAUGUUUACUACUAGAUAAGUCCAAUUUGUUCGGAAGAACAGAAUAUUAUUAUUAUUUAUUAGUUUUAUGAGAAUUUUUAGUUUACUUAGUUUGGAGGCCAUCUUGAAUUUAAUAUAAAAUAUUAACUGAAUUACAUAUACCUACAUCUAUUGUAGUCAAAAUUAAAAGUGUGUACCUAUCAUCAAUAUAUCCUAGGAUCAAUUGAUGAACUUUUUUAUUACUAGAUUUAACCUAGUCAAACUACAUACAAUCGUUUAACAAAUUGUGCAAGUAACAUUGUACUGUACGUAACAUUUUAAUGUGCAUUUACUAGUAUUAAUUUUAACAAUCUCAAAUAUAUGUAUUUAGAAUGUCUCGUAUGUCUCAUAUGCCAUUUAUUAUGUUCCUAAUGAUAAAUAAAUUAAUGUUUCAAUUC